AUAGUUUUCCCAAAAAGAAUAUAUAUGUUGCUAAACGAGAAAAAAAUGUUCUCCCGAAAAAAGUCUAUUUCUUGACACAACGCAUAUCGAAGCUUUUCCUUCUCCAUGUCUCUCUCUCUCUCUCUCUGGCAAUGCUGUUUCGAUGGCGACCUCAUUUUCUAUUCAUUAAUGCCUCACAAAUCCCCUAAGAAAACAUCCUCAUUGCGUAGGGUCUAAGAAACCGAAAUCCCACAAAACUCAUGGGUCUCUGUUUCUCCUCCGCCGCCAAAUCCUCCGGCCACAACCGCAGUAGCCGGAAUCCUAACCACCAUCCUCCUCUCACGGUGGCUAAAACCAGACCACCGCAAUCUCCAUGUUCCUUCAUGGCGGUUACGAUCCAAAAGGAUCAUAGAACGCAACCGCGACGCAAUGCGGCGGCUAAGAAAACGCCGACACGGCAAACGCCACCGCACGGGAGAGGGAGAGAGAAAGUUAUUAGCAAUAACGGUAGGAGACAUGGAGAAGCGAUCCCCUACGGUAAGCGUAUCGAUUUCGGGUACGCUAAAGAUUUUGAUCACCGUUACACCAUUGGAAAUUUGCUUGGACAUGGUCAAUUUGGUUAUACAUAUGUUGCUACCGAUAAAAAAACCGAUGAUCGUGUCGCGGUCAAGAAGAUCGAUAAGGCCAAGAUGACAAUUCCGAUAGCUGUGGAAGAUGUAAAGAGAGAGGUGAAGAUACUACAAGCUUUGACUGGUCAUGAAAAUGUGGUUCGGUUUUAUAAUGCCUUCGAGGACAAGAACUCUGUUUAUAUAGUUAUGGAGUUAUGCGAGGGUGGUGAAUUACUUGAUCGGAUAUUAGCAAGAAAAGAUAGCCGUUAUAGCGAGAGAGAUGCGGCCGUGGUAGUGAGACAAAUGCUGAAAGUUGCGGCUGAGUGUCAUUUGCGCGGUUUGGUUCACCGAGAUAUGAAACCAGAGAACUUUCUGUUCAAAUCAACCGAAGAAGAUUCGCCUCUAAAAGCUACAGAUUUCGGUUUAUCUGACUUCAUAAAGCCAGGCAAAAAGUUUCAUGAUAUCGUUGGGAGUGCGUACUAUGUAGCACCUGAAGUGUUAAAACGCAGGUCGGGACCCGAAUCAGAUGUGUGGAGUAUCGGUGUAAUCAGUUACAUUCUUCUCUGCGGGAGACGACCAUUCUGGGAUAAGACUGAAGAUGGUAUCUUCAAGGAGGUCUUGAAGAACAAACCUGAUUUCAGAAGAAAACCGUGGCCAACCAUUAGCAGCAGCGCCAAAGAUUUUGUUAAGAAGUUGUUAGUAAAAGACCCGAGAGCGCGAUUAACUGCUGCGCAAGCACUAUCACAUCCAUGGGUUAGAGAAGGAGGAGAUGCAUCUGAGAUUCCCAUAGACAUAUCUGUUCUCAAUAACAUGCGUCAGUUUGUGAAAUUUAGCCGCCUCAAGCAAUUUGCUUUAAGGGCUCUUGCAACGACGCUUGAUGAAGAAGAAUUGGCUGAUCUUAGAGACCAGUUUGAUGCGAUUGAUGUUGACAAGAAUGGCGCCAUUAGCCUUGAAGAGAUGAGGCAGGCUCUUGCGAAAGAUCAUCCUUGGAAGCUUAAGGAUGCACGAGUUGCCGAGAUUCUUCAAGCGAUUGAUAGCAACACAGAUGGAUUUGUGGACUUCGGCGAGUUUGUAGCUGCUGCGCUACACGUAAAUCAAUUAGAGGAACAUGAUUCCGAAAAGUGGCAGCAGAGAUCAAGAGCAGCAUUUGAAAAAUUCGACAUAGAUGGAGAUGGAUUUAUAACAGCAGAGGAACUUCGAAUGCAUACUGGCUUGAAAGGGUCCAUUGAGCCACUUCUUGAAGAAGCAGACAUUGACAAUGAUGGUAAAAUCAGUCUCCAAGAGUUUCGUAGACUUUUGAGAACUGCAAGUAUCAAAUCAAGAAAUGUGAGAAGCCCUCCUGGUUAUCUUAUUUCUCGCAAGGUCUAAGAAAAUCUACAAUAUUUUGGAGAGGAAUAACAAGAGCAUCAAAUCUAAAAAGUCUGGAAAAGUUUUGAUCCCUUAUAUAGAAAAAAAGAAACUGGGGAUUGCAGUGUUUUCAUGUGUUGUUGUAACAUAUUUUCAUAAAAUUUUAUAAGCAAC